GCGAGUCCGCUGCGAAUGAGCGGCUCCCACUCGCAUCACCCGAAAACAAUUACUGUCGGGAGAGCCCUCCCUCACCCCUCCCCCCCCUGCGCUCACGCAUAUAUAGUUCCCUUCGCACGGCUCGCGCUGACGCGCAGCGCGGGUGCACGCGCGGCAGCCUUUGACUCGCCGCCGAUCGUGGACGGGAGGAAGAAGGAGAGCGAGCGCGGAGCGCAGAGGAGCUGCGGGAGGCGGCGACGUGACGUGACCGGAGCACUCGCAACAGGAGCUGCCGGGACUGCGACGCACAGAGACGCUGGGAAUUUACAGACAACGGGAUCCUGUUUGAGUCGAUCUGGAAGCGCGGAGGAGCCGGAUACGCGGCGCGGGCUGUUACGCACGACAGGGCUCCUCUGCGGUAAAGGCUCACUUCGCUUUGGACGGCUGGACGGCUCCUCCUCGCCAGAGAAGGGGCUUUUUCGCCGGGAGGGAGUGGAGGCGCCGUGGAGGAGUUGGGAUGUCCUGAGUCACCCCCACAGGCCCCGAGAGCCCCGCGCUGAUGGGACCCGCUGCGCCACCAUGAGCUCGCACGAUGGCGGCUGCGUCUACGCCAGCAGCGCCAACAUGGCCGCCGCCAGUGGCAGCAUGCGGCGGCGCCUGGAGGACCAGGAGUUCACCCUGCGCGUCUACCCGGGCGCCCUGGCCGAGGGCACCAUCUACUGCCCCGUCGCCGCCCGCAAGAACACCACGGCCGCCGAGGCCAUCGAGUGCCUCAUCGAGCGGCUGCACCUGGACAGAACCAAAUGCUACGUGCUGGCGGAGGUGAAGGAGUUUGGCGGCGAGGAGUGGAUCCUGAACCCGGGCGACUGCCCCGUUCAGCGGAUGAUGCUGUGGCCGCGCAGCGCCCUGGAGAACCGCGGCGGCCUGGGCAGCGGCGACGACUACCGCUUCCUGCUGCGGGAAAAGAACCUGGACGGGUCCAUCCACUACGGCGGGAGCCUGCAGAUGUGGCUGCGGGUGACGGAGGAGCGCCGGCGCCUGGUGGAGCGGGGUUUCCUCCCCCAGCCGGCAGGGACUGACCCCCCGUCGGACCUCUGCGCGCUCCCAGAGCUGACGGAGCGCGCUCUUCUGGAAAGCCUCCGCGCACGUUUCCGCCAGGAGAAGAUCUACACCUAUGUGGGGAGUAUUCUCAUAGUGAUUAACCCCUUCCAGUUCCUGCCCAUCUAUAAUCCCAAAUAUGUCAAAUUGUACGACAACCACACUCUGGGGAAGCUGGAACCCCACAUUUAUGCCGUGGCCGACGUGGCCUAUCACGCCAUGCUGCAGCGACGGAGGAACCAGUGCAUCGUCAUAUCCGGUGAGAGCGGAUCUGGGAAGACGCAGAGCACCAACUUCCUCAUCCAUCACCUGACUGCGCUCAGCCAGAAGGGAUUCGCCAGCGGCGUGGAGCAGAUCAUUCUGGGGGCGGGGCCCGUGUUGGAGGCCUUUGGGAACGCCAAGACAGCCCACAACAACAACUCCAGCCGCUUCGGCAAGUUCAUCCAGGUGAACUACCAGGAGAGCGGCACCGUCAGGGGAGCGUACGUGGAGAAGUACCUGCUGGAGAAGUCUCGCCUGGUCUAUCAGGAACACAACGAGAGGAACUACCACGUGUUCUACUACCUGCUGGCUGGAGCCAGUGAAGAGGAGAGGAAGUCCUUCCACCUGCUCCAACCUGAGGAGUACCACUACCUCAAUCAGAUGACAAAGAAAUCACACAAACUCCCCUGGGACAAUUACUAUGAGAGCGAGCUGCAGGACUGCUUCACAGUGGAGGGAGAGGAUCUGAAACAUGACUUUGAGCGUCUGCAGCUGGCGAUGGAGAUGGUCGGCUUCCUGCCUGCCACACGCAAACAGAUCUUCUCGCUGCUGUCAGCGAUCCUGCACCUGGGGAACAUCCGCUACAAGAAGAAGACCUACCGGGACGAUUCCAUCGACAUCUGCAACCCCGAGGCGCUGCCCAUCGUGUCGGAGCUGCUGGAGGUUAAAGAGGAGAUGCUGCUUGAAGCUCUGACGACCAGGAAGACUGUGACCGUCGGCGAGAGGCUCAUCGUGCCCUAUAAACUGGCCGAGGCGGGCACAGUCAGAGACUCCAUGGCCAAGUCCCUGUACAGCGCGCUGUUCGACUGGAUCGUGUUCCGGACCAACCACGCCUUGCUGAACAACAAGGACCUGGAGGACAAGUCAAAGAUCCUGUCCAUAGGAGUCCUGGACAUCUUCGGCUUUGAGGAUUAUGAGAACAACAGCUUUGAGCAGUUCUGCAUCAACUUUGCCAACGAGCGGCUCCAGCACUACUUCAACCAGCACAUCUUCAAACUGGAACAGGAGGAGUACAGGGCCGAGGGCAUCACCUGGCACAACAUCGACUACAGCGACAACAGCGGCUGCAUCAACCUCAUCAGCAAGAAGCCCACCGCUCUGUUCCACCUGCUGGACGAGGAGUGCAAUUUCCCCCAGGCCUCCAAUCAGACAUUACUGGACAAGUUCAAGCGCCAGCAUGAGGGAAACAGCUACAUCGAGUUCCCUGCUGUCAUGGAGCCGGCGUUCAUCAUCAGCCACUACGCCGGCAAAGUCAAGUACGGCGUCAAGGACUUCAGGGAGAAGAACACCGACCACAUGCGGCCCGACGUCGUGGCCUUACUGAAGAGCAGCAAGAACGCCUUCAUCUGUGGCCUGAUGGGUAUCGACCCUGUGGCGACUUUCCGCUGGGCUGUACUGCGAGCCUACUUUCGAGCCAUGGUGGCGUUCAGGGAGGCCGGCCGCAGACACACCCACAAGAAGACUGGGAAUGAUGCAGCAGUUCCCUGUGCUGUUGUCAAAUCUGUCGACAGCUUCAGUUUCCUCCACCACCCAGUUCACCAGAGGAGCCUUGAGAUCCUUCAAAGAUGCAAAGAUGAGAAAUACAGUAUCACUAGGAAAAAUCCCAGGACGCCUUUGUCAGACCUUCAAGGCACCAACGCCCUGAAUGAAAAAGCCAGCUGGGAUGGCUAUGGUGCAUGUAAUGGUCGCAGCUCCAGGUCGGGCCGUCUCUCCUCCAUGGGAAGUCCCGCCUUGGAAGAAGACGGGAUCUUCCUCAACUCAAGCAACAGCAAGCUCUUAGAAAGAGCUCAGGGCAUCCUACUGAGGAACAGGAACUGCAAAAGCAAACCAACCCUCCCUAAGCACUUAUUGGACGUGAAGUCUUUGCGCCACCUGAGCAGCGUGACGCUCCACGACCGCAUCACCAAGUCUCUGCUUCACCUGCACAAGAAGAAGAAACCGCCCAGCAUCAGUGCACAGUUCCAGGCUUCCCUCAAUAAACUGAUGGAGACUCUGGAUCAGUCGGAGCCAUACUUUGUCAAGUGUAUCCGAUCCAAUGCUGAGAAGCUGCCGUUGCGGUUCAACGACAGCCUGGUGCUCAGACAGCUCAGAUACACGGGGAUGCUGGAAACCGUGCGCAUCCGCCAGUCAGGAUACAGCAUCAAGUACACCUUCCAGGAUUUCGUGCGUCACUUUCAUGUGCUGCUGCCUCGAGGCACCAGUCCCACCAAAUCAGGCAUCAGGGAGUUUUUCAGGCGGAUCCACCUGCCGCCCGCCGGGUAUCAAGUGGGGAACACAAUGGUGUUCCUGCGGGAGGUGGAGCGUCAGCGGCUGCAGAGCCUGCUCCAUCAGGAAGUCCUGAGGCGGAUCGUCACGCUGCAGCGCCGCUUCAGGGCCGUGCUACAGAGGAAGCACUUCGUCAACAUGAGGCUGUCGGCCCGCGUCAUCCAGCGGUGGUGGCGAUGCCGCCUCCUCAGACAGUCCACCAUCGACUCGGGCAUCGAAGAGGGGGCUGUGGUUUGCCUGCAGGCGGCCUGGAGGAGCUACAGGGAGCGCAGGAGGUUCCUGCAGUGGCGAGACUCUGCCGUCAUCAUACAGAGGAGCUGGAGGAAGUGCCGCCAUCGCAGGUCUUUGGCAGCGCUGACGCUUCAGACGGCCUGGAGAGGAUUCAGGGACAGGAAGCGCUACCGUCAAACACACUGGGCCGUGAAGCAGCUGCAAGCGAGGGGCAGGGGUUUCCUGGCUCGACUCAGGUUCAGAGACUUUAAGGAGCAGCAUGAACGACAGCAGCUGAGUGUAUCAGCAGACAUGGAGCCAGGAACCACUAAGGACCUGAGCUCGUCAGGACAGGACACGGCUGCAGAACCUUCCCACGACUCCAGGGCUGUGUCAUCUGGUGUGGGAGAGACAGAAAGAGAAGACUCGAAUAGAAGUAGGAGCACAGAUGAGACGAGCCAUAAGCACCGGUCAAAGCGAGAGAGCAGACGGAUGAGAGAGCUGGAGCAGGCACAGUUUAGCCUAGAGCUUCUGAAGGUCCGGACCACCAGCGUGGGGGGGCACUCGGUCCCCGGUAGCAGCACCUCUCAACUGGGCGACGAUCACAGACAUUCACCUCAGGGCUCCCCCACCAGUCAUGGAAGUUUUGAGUUUCUCAGCAUGGAGGACAUGGACACUGAAGGUUCUGGAGGGUUUGGUUCUCAAACAGCGGCACCUCACGAAGAACCGCAGUUGGUAGAUGUUCAACUACAUGAGGGGCUGAGAGAUUCAAACCAUAAUGAAAAGCCAGUGAAGGAGGCUCCCAGGGCAACCUUCUAUAUCGCUUCUGACCAAAGUCCAGUUCAUGAACCAAGAUCGGAAAGCCCCAGAAAAUCCUACAAAGAAAGAAGGGAGUCCACGUCUCGGAGGCCUGUGGUGGUUUUAAUCAGCAUGCAGAAGGAGAGCCCUGUGGAGGAAGGGGAGCUGCUGGCAGCCCAAAUCCUAGGAAAGGCCUCUCAAACAGGAGCAGCAGCAUCCAGUUCUCAAAUCACCCCCAUUGUGGGUUUGGAGGUGGGGCCACAAAUGGAGCAGCCUCCUGGGAUUUCCACACAGAAAGACGACAGGUCAUCGAAAGUCCCCCCUUCAUCCAUUCACGAGUCAAGUCCAGAGGUAUCAGGGAUUUGCUCCUCAGAGGUCGACAUCCAGAUCGUCCUGGAGCCCAAGCCUGCUGUCGUCCCUGUUCAGCAGGAGAAGAAGCCGAUCCGGCCAACGCAGGCGGCUCCCAGCCCGGUCCUGGAUACGAAACCACCAAAAGCCCAGAAGAAGAGCUCAGGCCAGACUGUGAUUGUGAACAUGGUGGAGAAACCCUCCAGUCCUCCUGUGUUCUCUCCUCCCAGACGCAAGCUGCCAUUUUCCAAGUCAGACAAGGACUUGGUGAACCAGGAAAGAUCUUUGUCUAUGUACAGGGACGACUCCAAAUCUGGUGGAUCCAAAAACAGAGAGGUGGGCCGCCCCGGCCCUAAAAAGAAAGCUCGAAUGUCCCGGACGCGCUCCGACUUCCUCACCCGCUGUAACUCUGAGGGGGCGACGCAGUCAGACGACGACGAUGAAUACUACGUCCCCGCCCACUCCCGCACGCUGCCCCCCUCCCUGACUCCCCCACGUGCCCAUCCCGAGGCUGACUGUCACAGUGACUCAGAAAUGUCUUCCCACAAAGAUACAAAGAAAAUCCAUAAAACCAUGUCGUCAGGGGAUCUGGGCAAGGUGGAAAUCCUCAGGAAGACCCCAAGUCAGGAUGGCAGCAGGAUGAGAGGGAAGAUGCGUUUCUGGAGUAAGACAAAACACAGCGAGAAAAAAUUGUCGAGAGAGAAGCAGACGAGCAGGAGUGAAGCAGGAGACAGAGCUGAAGAUGGUUCGUCUCCUUCUCACAGUCCAGACUUGGAGGCGGCUUCUUCGCGGGGGGUCAGGGACAGUAAGGAGAACAAGGAGCCCUCUCCAAAGAUGAGGAGGCGCCGCAGUGUGAAGAUCAGCAGCAUAACUCUGGAGCCCGCUCAGUGGCAGAGCGACGGCCUGCACAUCCUCUCCUCAGCGCAUGACUACCGCAGCAUGAACGACUUCCUCAUCAAGAAGAUCGCUGACCUGGACUCUGAGGACGGUAAGAAGGACACUAUGGUGGACGUGGUCUUCAAGAAAGCGCUGAAGGAGUUCAGGAUCAACAUCUUCAACUCGUACUCGACUGCUCUGGCUAUGGAUGACGGGAAGAGCAUCCGUUACAAGGACCUGUACGCGCUGUUCGAACACAUCCUGGAGAAGACGAUGCGUCUGGAGCAGAGGGACUGGAGCGAGUCGCCCGUGAAAGUGUGGGUCAACACCUUCAAGGUGUUCCUGGACGAGUUCAUGACUGAGUACAAGCCCAUGGAGGGAACCAUUGGAAAGGCUCCGAAACGCGAGCGCAAGAAGUCCAGGAAGAAGGAAACCGACAUCGUUGAGGAGCACAACGGCCACAUCUUCAAGUCCACCCAGUACAGCAUCCCCACCUACUGCGAGUACUGCUCCUCCCUCAUCUGGAUGAUGGACCGAGCCUGCGUCUGCAAACUGUGUCGCUACGCCUGCCAUCGGAAGUGCUGCUCCAAGAUGACGACAAAGUGCUGUAAGAAGUACGAUCCGGAGCUGUCGUCUCGGCAGUUCGGUGUGGAGUUGUCCCGUCUGACCAGCGAGGAGCGGAUGGUGCCGCAGCUGGUGGAGAAACUCAUCAACUACAUCGAAAUGCACGGCCUGUACACGGAGGGCAUCUACAGGAAGUCUGGCUCCACCAAUAAGAUCAAAGAGCUUCGUCAGGGGCUGGACACAGAUGUGAGCAGCGUGAACCUGGACGACUACAACAUCCAUGUCAUCGCCAGCGUUCUCAAACAGUGGCUCCGCGACCUGCCCAGCCCUCUCAUGACCUUUGAACUGUACGAGGAGUUCCUCAGGGCCAUGGGUCAACCGGACAAGCGCGAGGUGAUCCGAGGGGUGUACUCUGUGAUCGACCAGCUCAGCAGGACGCACCUCAGCACGCUGGAGCGGCUCAUCUUCCACCUGGUUAGGAUCGCCCUGCAGGAGGAGACCAACAGAAUGUCGGCCAACGCCCUCGCCAUCGUCUUUGCUCCCUGCGUCCUCCGCUGCCCGGACUCCAUCGACCCGCUGCAGAGCGUCCAAGACAUCAGCAAGACCACCGCGUGCGUGGAGCUGAUCAUCAACGAGCAGAUGGGCAAAUACAAGGCUCGUCUGAAGGACAUCAGCAGCCUGGAGUUUGCAGAGACCAAAGCCAAGAGCAGACUGACCCACAUCAGGAGGUCCAUGAAACCUGUACUAAUUGCUGUUAGGUUUAUGAGCAUAAGCCGCUGUGCCACCCCGCCUAACACAGCUAAACUUAAGGGCAAAAGUCGCGUUCGUCCGAGCGGCAGCCACGCGUCCUCGCCCCCGCUCAGCCCCAAAGCGCCCCCCGUGGUGGACGGAGAGAGCGCGGCGGGAGCAGGAGCAGGAGAGGACGCGGCGGAGGGCGGCCCCAACGAGCAGCAGCAGCUGGCGAUGCAGCAGGAGGAGCGCAUCCUCACGGAGCAGAUCGAGAGUCUGCAGAAGGAGAAGGAGGAGCUGACAUAUGAGAUGCUCAUCCUGGAGCCGCGGGCGUCCGACGAUGAGACGCCCGAGUCCGAGGCCUCCAUCGGCACCGCCGACAGCUCGGAAAACAUCACCAUGGAGCUGGAGGGGGCGACCUGCGACCCCUCCGAUCAUGGCACCGGUCGCUCCAGGAAGUCGGACCAGAGCAGGCGGCCUCUCAGACGCCAGCCCGACUCCCAGGACUCCGCAGACUCCGCCUCCAGCGUCUCCUCCUCCUGCCACCCCUCCUCCUCCUUCUCCCCCAACGCCUCCGGCUCUCCGUCGCCCCACUACCGCUUUCGCUCCUCCUCCUCCGGGCCUCUGCUGACCUCCUGCGGGCUGGGGGCCCCGCUGGCCGAGGCCGAGGGCGGCCCCAGAGCCGGCAAGACGCGGCACCGGCUCCGGCUGAGCCGCAGCUCGCCGCGCGAGCCCUCGGGCGGCCACCGCAGGGAUUCGGACUUCAGCUCAGGGCCGCAGCCGCUGGUUCUGUACGGCAGCAACGAGUUCAUGGUGUGAAGCAGAGGAGGGAAGGAGCCCAGUCUGCAGAACACAGAGGAGGGAGUGCACACCCCCCUCCUCCCCCGAGCAGUCGAACCCGGACUGACGUCGGACCCCCGCUGGAGCAUCGGGGGCCGCUAGGGAAGGAACGGAGGCCCGGCAGAACCCACCCACGCCUGCAAAGCCUCAUUUCACAGCGCUCGUCUCUAUGUUUCAGCAUGUGGGCAGUCGGGUGAAGCCACCCAGAAGAAAUGUAGCCAUACAGAGCGAUAGCAGACGAAGCAGCGCCGAGCUACGUCUGCUUUCCACGUUUACACAGGACACCAGCCAAGAGCCUGCAUGCUUCUCCGUCACACUGUUUCCUAUCAGUCUGUAGAAACUGUACAGAAAUGUGUAUUAUUAUUAUUAUUAUUAUUACAGAUGAAGACAUGUACAUAGAAACUCCAGUGCUGCUCGUGGGUCCUUCUCCUUUCAGUCGGUCUCCUUUUGCAGUGAAGUUCCACUUUUGUUUCUCUGUUGGUUUUGCUUUACGCUCCCUUAAGUUUCCGUCUUCUCACAAAGAGCGGGGCCCGUUUCGAGCGUCCUGGGGAACAGAAACUGAAGGAGAGCAGCGGCGCUGGGCUGCGUGCUGGGUUCCACGCGCACCGUACGCGGCCCGCGCUCACGGCGCCGGCGGCCGCCAGCGUUUCCGUCUGUGCUUUUCAUGCGUUUCAUUCAGAGACAUCAGUGUUACUACGCCACGACUUGAAUUUUUUUAAUAUAUAUUAUUGCUGUAUUAAAGGUGUUAUUAUUAUUAUCAACUUGUUUUCGGUGUUGAUAUUGAAUUAUGGUUUCUUCGUGCUGAAAGCCAUUUUAUUCUGCGCGCGUGCACACGCCUGAACGAAUGAACCCUCACUGCCACCGCGUCGCGUGCCGUCGUCUCCACUCACACAUACACCAGUGUUUCCCCUCAUUGGAAAAGUGAAACGGUUGUGACUUGUAACGGCCUCGGUGGAUCCGUGGGGGAACCUCCACCCGUCCACUGUGGGAGCGUCCACGUCCUGCCAGUCACCCGUUCCACAGUAGCUCCGCCUCCUCGCUCCUGCCUCUGUCUGUAACAAGUAGCAUUUGACCUGUAAACACACGUAGCAGCUCACGUCCACAUCUUUCCACAUGAUCCUGUCCUCCUUCUGUCUCUGUCCAGUGUGAAGAUUCACUUUCCUGGUUUUACUCAGUAGCUUUACAGCAAUGAUGUCGCCGUAAUAAAGCUGCAAUAUCUCCCCUCGCUCGCUGCGUCCGAUGACUUUCGGGACACAGUCAGUGUCAGUCCUGAUUUUCCCUGAAGCUGGAGGUCUCUCUCUUUAAGGACUGUGCUGAUCUCUGUGUUGUCUUUCUUCCACUCAGAGAUGAGCUGAAAGGAUGUGACUAAUUCCUGGUGAAAUGUCGUUCAGGGGAUGUUUAAAGGGACACGUCUAUGUGGCAAAAACAAAAAAAACACACAAAAAAACGUGAAUGUACCUGUCACUGGAAGGCAUGCUGUGCUUUCUCUGGUUGUUUCUGUUCCUCUUUUAUACACAGCGUAUGUACUAUUUAUGAUCAUGCAUUUGGAGUGUACAUUGGUUUAAAAGAUCCGUUAUAAAUGUGUUUAUUAAAGGAUAUAUUAUCCUGCGUACGGUUCAUUAUCUACUACUAAUCAUGGCAGUGUUCCAACAGGCCACUCUCAGUCUGUCAUGUUGUGCUACCAGCCAGAAAAGAAAAUGUGCAUCUUUUUGUUUGCAUCUGGACACAGUUAUGCAUAAGGUGCAUUUUGUGUUAUUUCUUUUUUUAUCGACACAAACAUGUCUAUGGUUGUAAGAAAAAAGGAUUUUACUGGGGGAAAUUCAUCUGCUUAAUAAAAAAGCAAAACUACAGGCAAAGAGAAA